AUGACAGAUAAAUCACAUCUCAUAUGGCAAAUUUUUGAAGCUAUUCAAAGUAAUGAUAAUGGUCAAAUUCUAUGGAAUUUACUUGAUCAAAUAAGAACAACAUCAGAUGAUGGUAUAGUUUAUAUGACAUAUGGAAAUGAAACACCGCAAUCAUUAGCAGAAAAACUUCAUCGACAACAUCUAUUCAAAUUAAUUCAACUUCAUCACAAAUUAACUUAUCUUCGAGCACAAUUUUAA